GAGAGGAGCCUCCACCACACAUCACAUGGUGACUUGCAGGAGCAGCAGUCAGGUUGGAUGCAGUGGAUGCUCCGUGGGGAAAAUGCCCACCACACCAUGAAGUGAUUCAUGACACAUGGAAAUGUGCUGCCACCUGAAAGUGGAGCUCAUUUAUUCCAGCUCCAGCUCUGCAUGAGGCUCACUGGUCGCCACAUCAGCGGGUUAACGGGGACCUCCGGAGCCAGCCCGCGUCCAGCGGGGUCUCCUCCUCUGCAGAGGCAGCAGUCACGGGGUCCUGGACGCUCUCCGGGAGCGGGGGAGGUAUUUCUGGGAGUCCGUCUGCGUGUGCCAGGAGCGAAGUGGGGAUUUUAGGAUUUGAUGAAUCCACCUGCCGCGCCUCGGGUUUUCAAACGGAACUUCAGGCGAAACUUUGCAAUGAUGUGAAGAUUUGAUCCAAGGAUGCGCCGACAUCACGGAGGAUUCAGUUGAACACGCGUCUUAGCAAUGUUUUUGAAAGCCCGACGAACUGUGAACUUUAUUUUGUGGAUCUUUAAGUUUUUUAUUUAUUGGACUUGGGUUGAAGCACAGAUGGGGUUCGACAGUCCUCUGUCUGCACAGGAGCAGAUGUUCAUCCUGUAUGAAAUCAAAACGCGGUGCUAUCAGAACCUGUCCAGUAUGGAACCAACAGCCACAGAUGAGGUGUGCCCUCCAGACUGGGACGGUCUUAUUUGUUGGCCUCAUGGCUCACCUGGGCAGAUUAUGAAGGUUCCCUGCCCAGCUUACAUCUAUGACUUCAAUCACAAAGGACACGCUUACAGGAGGUGUGAUGUCAACGGUUCCUGGGUCUUCGUGGAGCAAUGGAACAAAACGUGGACCAAUUAUUCAGAGUGUCUACGGUUCCUUCAGCCCCUCAGAGAUGAGGAAGCAAGACGAGACUUCUUUGAGCGGCUGUAUGUCAUGUACACCACCGGCUACGCUGUGUCCUUCAGCUCUCUGCUAGUGGCCAUCAUGAUCAUUGGAUACUUCCGGCGCCUUCACUGCACCAGAAACUACAUCCAUAUGCACUUGUUCGUUUCCUUCAUGUUGCGGGCUGUCAGCAUUUUUGUAAAGGACAAAGUUGUCUAUUCGAGUGCCGGAUUGCAAGACUUUGACUCGGCCCUGCUGGAUAACCUGAAAACAGUUAGCAUUUCAUCACUCGACAAGUCCCAGUAUAUCGGCUGCAAGGUGACGGUGCUGUUCUUCAUCUACUUCCUGGCCACCAACUACUUCUGGAUCCUGGUGGAAGGCCUCUACCUGCACAGCCUCAUCUUCAUGGCGUUUCGCUCAGACUCCAAGUACCUCUGGGGAUUCAUAUUCAUUGGAUGGGGUGUUCCUGCUGUGUUUGUCGCAAUCUGGGCGAUCGUCAGGGCAACGCUGGCAGACGCAAGGUGCUGGGAGUUGAGUGCUGGUAACGUCAAAUGGAUUUACCAGGUUCCCAUCUUGACAGCAAUUGGGCUCAACUUUGUUUUGUUUGUGAACAUCGUGCGAGUGCUGGCCACCAAGAUUCGAGAGACAAACGCAGGGAGAUACGACACCAGGAAGCAGUACAGAAAAUUGGCAAAGUCCACCUUUGUGCUGGUGCUGGUGUUUGGCAUCCACUACAUCAUCUUCGUCGGACUGCCUCACACAUUCGAAGGACCAAGCUGGGAGAUUCGCAUGUAUUGUGAGCUAUUCUUCAACUCCUUUCAGGGCUUCUUUGUGUCCAUUAUCUAUUGCUAUUGCAACGGAGAGGUUCAGACAGAAAUAAAGAAAACGUGGACACGCUGGAACCUCGCCUUUGAGUGGGAGGGCCCGGUGGUCUGCGGUCGCUACCGUUACGGCUCCGUGGUCGUAGGUCUCAACAACAACAGCACCAGCAGUCAGUCCCACCUGGCCGGCGGAGGCCUUUCCACGCGCUCCACCACCCUCGCUUCGAGUCGAGCUUAUCGAAGCACGGGCGCGCCCUCCAUCAACGUGCAUGCCACCCUUCCGGGUUAUGUGAUGACAAACUCUGAUCCCUCCUUACCCGAAGAGCUGGAGGACAGCGGCCCAAAAAGAGUGGACGAUAUCUCACUGAAGGAAAACCUGCCUGUACUGAAUAUAAGUGCAACUGCUGAGGAUGAGGAGGAAACGCUGUAGCUGGCAAAAAAUGCAAAAAGAGACCGAUUAAAUUUUCUACCGAUGGAGCCGUGGGACACAUUAUUUUCUUGUGUAAUUUAAAUUCUGACAAAGGUAGCUAACACAAACUAAAAACGAGGGAGCAUUGUGAACGCUACAUGGAUUAGUCAAUACUGAAGUUCCAAUGCCCAACAUGAUUCAUGAGUUUUUAUAAGGCUGAAAGGACUGAUCAAAAGCUUUUUUUUAUUCUAGAGAGAGACUCAAGACACUCCAAUCAAGUUUAUACCUGGAUUUAAAGAAAUCAUUGAACCCAAGCUGUGACUCUGGCGCAGGUGUUAAAAGCAAGCAUAUUUAUUUUACACGUUUGACUUUAACUUUGUUAAUAUCCACCUGCAACAACUCAUGCUGCACUGGUAUGAAGGGCUUUUGGGGCUGUGAUAUUGCACGUGUUAAAAAUAAUCUGGAUGAGAGCAUUGAGAUGACAAAAGAGCCCUUAUUUUUGUCAUGAAGGAAACUCCAUUUAUCCAACUGCCUCUGGAGGCCACUCAAUAGAUGAGUCCUUAAAAAACGAGACCUGCAUACAAGUACUGAA